CGGCUCUCACCCGAAAGACCCGGGUUCAAGUCCCGGCAACGGAAUUUUUUGUUUCCAAUUUUUUUAUUCCUUCUUCAAAUUUGAAAGUUGAGAAUUCAAAUUCCCAGAAUUACAAAUUUGGAACGUCAUGCUCUUCUCAAUUUCUUGAGAGAGACCAUGAGAUGUCUUAGAAGAGCACAGCCCUCACUGCUGCUCAAAACUUUCCCCAAUGCCAAAAACCAAAGCUCUUCCCUCUCCACCAUCACAAUCCAAAACCCACAACCCAAUCAAAACAACCACCCCAUUCCUCCACACAAAACCCACUUGGUUUCCACCAGUAACAUGACCCAGAAACUCACACCAACCCAAUUUUGUAAUGACUCUACACACUUUGAUCCCCACCAAUUUCGCAAUGUCAUUGCGUCGAACAAGUUGAUCACCAGCUACAUUCGUUCCGGGGAUUUAGAUUCUGCACUUAAGGUGUUUGAGAAAAUGACUGUUAGAACCACAACUAGUUGGAAUUCGAUUUUAGCCGGGUAUGCGAAAAUUCCCGGGAAAGUGAAAGAAGCCCGCCAACUGUUUGAUAAAAUUCCUCAACCAGACACUUGCUCAUAUAAUAGUAUGCUGGCUUGUUAUUUACGUAAUCUUGGUGUUGGCUCUGCUGUGGAGUUCUUUGAUUUGAUGCCUGUUAAGGACAUUGCAUCUUGGAAUACCAUGAUAUCGGGUUUUGCUCAGAAUGGGGAGAUGAGGGAAGCACAGAAGUUGUUUUUGUUGAUGCCUGAGAAGAACAGUGUCUCGUGGAGUGCGUUGGUUUCGGGGUAUGUGAAAUGUGGGGAUUUGGACUCGGCGGUGAAGUGGUUUGAGGUUGCACCGGUUAAGAGUGUUGUGGCGUGGACGGCUAUGGUUACUGGGUAUAUGAAGUUUGGGAAGAUUGGUGUAGCAGAGAAGUUGUUUAGAGAGAUGCCUGAGAAAAAUCUAGUAACAUGGAAUGCUAUGGUUGCAGGGUAUGUGGAAAACUGUCAAGCUGAAGAGGGUUUGAAGCUUUUCAGGUCAAUGAUUGGAUAUGGGGUUAGGCCAAAUGCAUCGAGUUUGAGUAGUGCUCUACUGGGUUGUAGCAACCUGUCUGCGCUGCAAAUGGGUAGGCAAGUACAUCAGCUUCUCUAUAAGUUUGAAUUAUAUAAUGAUACAACUUCAGGAACUGCAUUGGUUAGUAUGUAUUGUAAGUGUGGGAAUUUGGAGGAUGCGAGGAAGUUUUUCAUUGAGAUGACACGAAAAGAUGUUGUUACUUGGAAUGCAAUGAUUGCUGGUUAUGCUCAACAUGGGGAAGGUUUAAAAGCUCUCAGUUUGUUUGACCAGAUGAGGAAUGAAGGAGUAAAACCAGAUUGGAUAACGUUUGUUUCUGUGUUAAUGGCUUGCAAUCAUGCAGGACUUGUAGAUCUUGGGGUUCAAUAUUUUGAUUCCAUGGCAAGACAGUAUCAAGUUGAAGCUAAGCCAGAGCACUAUACAUGCAUGGUAGACCUUCUUGGUCGUGCUGGUAAGCUAGUUGAAGCUGUAGCUUUGAUAAAGAAAAUGCCAUUUGAACCACAUUCUGCCAUUUUUGGAACUCUAUUGGGUGCCUGUCGGAUGCACAAGAACUUAGAAUUAGCUGAGUUUGCUGCCGAGAAAUUGCUUGAUCUUGAUCCAACGAGUGCAGCUGGUUAUGUUCAACUUGCUAAUGUUUAUGCUGCAACAAAUAGAUGGGACCUUGUUGGCAAAGUCAGGCGAUCGAUGAAAGAAAAUAGGGUCGUGAAGACACCUGGCUAUAGUUGGAUUGAGAUAAAGAGUGUAGUCCAUGAGUUCAGAUCAGGUGACAGGGCUCACCCAGAAUUGGCAUCUAUACAUGAAAAACUGUCUGAACUGGAUCAGAAAAUGAAGUUGGCAGGCUAUGUUCCAGAUCUUGAAUUUGCAUUACAUGAUGUUGGGGAAGAGCUGAAACAGCAGCUGCUAUUAUGGCACAGUGAAAAACUAGCAAUUGCUUUUGGGCUUAUACACGUGCCUUUAGGGAUGCCAAUUCGCAUUUUCAAAAACUUGAGAGUAUGUGGGGAUUGCCAUCAUGCAGUCAAGUAUAUAUCAGCAAUUGAGAAAAGAGAAAUCAUUCUCAGAGAUACUACAAGGUUCCAUCAUUUCAAAAAUGGGGUUUGUUCUUGUGGUGAUUACUGGUAGCAUACAAAAAACUGCUCCCCUGGAAGUCUUUUUCAAGUACAUUAGGAAGGUAAUAAGGAAAAAGAGGCUUGCAACAGAAAAGAAUCCGCUGAGUGAGAUCACCACUUGUCAUGCCAGUCAAGCUGGCAUGCCAGCUUUAGAUCUGAUUAAGUCUGCAAUCUUCUACUCAGAGUAGAAGCUAGUGUUGGAUCCAAAAAAACAAAGGCAAGCUAGUUAUGCUUCAGCAACAUUCUGUGUCCUCAAUGUUUCAUGCCAGUAGCUUGGGGACAUUCUAAUUCUUAUAUCGUGCAUCGGAUUCGUAAGGAUAGAACCACCUGAUCGUUGUAUUAUAAUUGACACACUCCUCUGCAAUUGUCGAUUGGCAUGAUAGAGCCACCACCAGUUUCUGGCAUACCAUAAUAACAUUGAAUGCUAAGGUUAGCGGUAUCACUCGUGAACACACAUGGGUUUGGCCUAACUCUGGUAUGCUGUUGAACAUCCAGGCCACUAUGCCUUCUUUUCCCAGAACUUCAAGGAUUCUAUUCGAGUUACACUUUCUCUAUGGCUCCUACGUGGAUAUGUUUGAGAUCACAUGGUCACAUGGUACAUUGGCAUACAAUUAUUCAGCACCUCACUCCAUCCUGGGAGCUUUGUUUUUCGGUUCACUAUUAGAAGUUUGGAACUAGAUUGGCCAAUGCUGACUGCAUUACUGUACUGAGAAUAUUGGUUACUUAACGCCGUUUCAGCUUUUGGUAAAUGAUAGCUUUCUUCCCCUAGGAUAGGCUUGAGACUGAUCAAUUUUGUAUAACGGUUGCAGCUUGCUUGCAAAUAGGAGAAAACUACAAGGGUUUCAGAAAUGAAGCCUAGCUUUGCCCGAUUGCAUUGUUCUCAUUUGUAUUACUUAUUAGAGGUCAAAUGUACUUUUAUUUGGUACACGUUAUACAAUUCGA